CGGGUGGGGGUGGGCUGGGGGCGCGGGGCUGACCGCCCUCCGCCAGCCCUCGGGCUCGGGCUCCCGCCGCUGCCCCCGCCUCCCCCCCUCCCGCUCCAUGCGGCAGUGAGGAGCGACCCAGCCGGAGGGCCAGGACCGGCAGCCAGCGAUGGGCGACACGGCUCCCCCCCAGGCCGCGGGGCUGGGGGCCGGGCUGCUGGGGGGGGGCCCGGCGGCGCCCCGGGUGCACAGCGCCAUCGUGGAGCGGCUGCGGGCCCGCAUCGCCGUCUGCCGCCAGCACCACCUCAGCUGCGAGGGGCGCUACGAGCGGGGCCGCGCCGAGAGCUCCGACCGCGAACGGGAGAGCACCUUGCAGCUCCUCCACCUGGUGCAGCAGGGGCAGGGAGCCCGCAAGGCCGGCAAGCACCCCAAGGCGGCGGCCGCCGGCGGCCCGGCCGCCCCCGCCGCCGCCGCCGCGCCCCCGGACUACCACCAGCACCUCCUCAGCAACGGCGGCAUCAACGGGGAGCAGCCGGCGGGGGAGCAGCGCGCCUCGGCCCUCCUGGCGCUCCAAGGCUCCUUGAAGAGAAAGCUGGUGGUCAAUCUGUCACCUGUCAACAACAAGAGGCCCAAUGGUGUUUCAGAGAGCUCUUUCCUGGACAUUAAGAGGAUAAGAGUGGGUGAUAAUAUCUCACUGGGACAAGGUGGACAACAUGUUAACAAUUGCCAAAGCCAGUCAAUGUCAGGAACUAUGUCUGUGGGGCAAGGGUCACAAAGAAAGGCCAGCAACCUAGGAAACAAUACACAUGCUAGUGGGAAUGGCAUGUUUAACAUGACUUUGAAAGAGGUAAAGAAAGAACCAGGAGAAACAAUGUCCUGCAGCAAACACUUAGAUGGCCAGACAUCCCACGAGAACACAUUCCCUAACAGAUAUGGGGAAGAGGCAUGGGAACAAAUGGAUCUGGAUCUUCAGGAGCUCUUUAAUGAACUGACUAACAUAUCAGUCCCGCCAAUGAGUGAUCUUGAACUAGAGAAUAUGAUAAAUGCCACGAUAAAACAAGAUGAGCCAUUCAACAUUGACCUUGGGCAGCAAAGCCAGAGGGGUCCUGUGAGAUCUCUGCAGAUGGAUAAGAUGGUGAUAAAGAGUGAAUACCCACCAGGCAUGAAUCAGGCUCCUGUGGGCUCCCCGCAGAUGAGGCCUUCUUCUACAGGUCCAGCCUUCACUAUGGCCACCGCUGCCAUGUCCACCUCUUCACCCAUCCCUUCGGUGCCUCAGAGUCAAACACAGGUGUCGCAGGUUUCUUCUGCGUCCAGUCGGCCAUUGCCUAACUGGCAGGAGGUGUCUCAUGCACAGCAGCUCAAACAGAUCGCAGCCAACCGGCAGCAGCAUGCCUUGAUUCAGCAGCAACAGCAGCAGCAGAACCAGACGGCCAACUGGUCCACCUUGUCUCCAUCAGGACCUUCGCCUGGACCCUUCGUGCAAGAGAAAAUCCCCAGUCCUUCUUUUCGCCAGCAGCAGUUCAGCCCACAAAGCUCAGCGAUGCUCGGGGUACCGGUCAAUGGGAACCAGCCGAAAGGGCUGAACAACUACGUUUAUAAACCAACCACUGCCCAGAGCAAUCCCAUGGACAUAAUCAUGCAACAGAAGCCUCAGGACCUGAAUAGAAACUUUAUCAACAGCGCUCAGCCACCACUAGAGCAGCAUCAUGGCAACACAAAGCCUUUGUUUCACUUUAACUCAGAGCAAACAAACCAGCAGAUGCCUUCAGUUUUGGGUUCCCAAAACAAGCCCGCCCUUCUGCACUACACACAGCAGGCACAGGGUUCAGCCCCCAUGCAACAGCCACAGCAACAGCAGCAGCAACAGCCGCAGCCGCAACCUGCUCAGCCUCUUCCCAACCAGUCUCUGCAAAGGCCGCCUAAUGUACCCCUAGCAAUGCAGCAAAAAAUGAUGCUUCAGAAAAUGCAGCAAAGCCAGCAAAUCUCAGGUUUGCAGUAUCCCGUCUCCCAGCAGCACAGACAGGAUCAACAUUCUGUGGUAGGCCAGGGAGCUGGCCCCACUCCAAGCUCCAGUUCUUGCUCAAAUCCAAACACUGGAAGUGGUUACAUGAACUCAUCCCCGCAAUCAAUGUUGAAUCAGCAACUGAUGGAAAAGAAACAGGCUCUGCAGCGGCAAAUGAUGGAGCAAAAACAACUCCUUCUACAGCAGCAGAUGUUGGCAGAAGCCGAGAAAAUAACUCCACAGGAUCAGCUGAACAGACACUUGACGCGACCGCCACCAGAUUAUAAAGACCAAAGAAGGAACGUGGUCAACAUGCAACAAGCAAACCAAUAUCCUGGUGGUUCACCAGCUGUGAGUAUGAGCUCCAACAACAUGUCCUUAUCCAACCCAAUUUCAACUCAUAGCAUCAUGCCUCAGAGCUCCAGCCUCAUGUCCACCUCUGCUGGGACCCGAAUGCCUUCUGUUCCUGCUGCUCGGAGUAUGGGCUGCUACGGGAAUCUUCCUUGCAACCAACCAAGUGCAUACAACGUGACUUCAGGAAUGAACCAAAUGCAGCCACACAGAAACCAAAAUCAAGUUCUACCUGGUCAGAAUAACCCUGUGAUGUCUCGACAGCAAACCAUGACACAGGGGAACAACGUAGCGGCUUUUGGGACAGGGUCGAUGGUCAGCUCGCAGCAAGUAAGGCCAAGCUUGAACCAUGGAGCCACAGGUAUCCCCGCGCAAAGGCCGGCCAACGUGAUGAUCACGGCUACUGCCACUGCCCAGAACUGGGCCCCGCAAGAAGCUGCCGUGAAGCAGCAGGAUGCACUGAAACCCGCAGGGGUCCGUUUCCCCACCGGCACUCCGUAUCCCAACCAGUCUUUGCAACGCAACGUAGGCAACCAGCAUUUUCCUCAGCGUGCAUUGGCACCUCCUAAUCAGUUAACAGUGGGAGUCCAAAUGAGGCCUCCUCCAAACCAAGUGCACCAGACUCUAAAUGGACAAUCUGCUGGCUCACUGCGAGGUCUCAGCAUAAGACCGAACCAGCUGCGAGGACAGACUGUGCCUACCUUGAAUCAGCCAGGAACAAGUAUGACGCCUCCGUCAUCUCUGCCAUCAACCAGUUUCACAUCUACCAACCAAAACUCUCGGGCUUACCAAGGAAGUGACCAUGGCAAUGACCUAGCGUUUGACUUUCUGAACCAGCAAGGUGACAGUAUAGGACCUGCGCUCAACAGUGACUCAGACUUUAUAGAUUCUUUACUGAAAACGGAACCUGGUAACGAUGACUGGAUGAAAGACAUCAACCUCGAUGAAAUUUUGGGGAACCACUCAUAAGUGACAGUACCAAGAGUGAACCAGAUGGAGAGGCAGUAAGGACAUUAGCUUUCUCUUUAGAUGUCAACAAACUGCUUUAUUAAUUUACACUCCAGUAACUGGGCUGUCCUUUAAAAUACCAAGUAGAGUGACUGCCCCAUUUGAAGAGUUGCUCUAGGAACAAAAUUGAAGUCUCCUCCGGUGACACAAUAAUAAAAGUGAUAUUCAUGCCUGCCACAAAGGAGUGAGAAUGCGUGAAGGGUCUGUUCCCCACGUCGGUGCCCAGCGCAUUGCAAACACAUCGGUUCUUCUCACAGGGACUGUGUGGAAAAAUGUGUUUAGCUUCCCACACACGCAAGCACGAGACAGUGGGAUGGGUUGUGAAAAAUCAUUUCUCUGAGUGCAAGUAAGAGCCCAAGUGGUCCAAAACUCUUCAGUCGUCAUGUUCACAGCCCUUGACUUCCUCAGGACUACUCAGCCCUGACAACAUAAGGCCCUGUGUAAAUCUCGUUGCAUUACAGAAACUGUUUACUUCUACAUAGAACAAACUCACAUUUGCUUUCCUGAUGAUUUGGUUUUAAACCCUCUAUAUUUUGUAGCACACAAAGGGGUAAGUUGUCCCAUCCACAGGAAGAAGGAAGCAGAUCAUCCAGUGCAUAACUCAGUCUGCUCUGGCAUUCGCCUGCUCCAUUUCAUCAGUGCUUGCAGUGAGUAGAGAGGAGGCUACUGUCCUGCCAGCAGCACAGUCAUUUGGGGCACUGAGGGAAACAUGAGAUGAACUACACCAAAGCUCAGGAUCCUCACUUUGCCACCUUGCCCUUACCCCAAGGACUCCCAUGACUUAAUGGACAACUUGAGUGAGAAAGGUGCUCACCAUCUGACCCUCACCAACUGCUUUCCCAGUCCUGCUUACAGGAUGGCAAAUACAUGAAGUGGCCCAACUAAUACACUAUGACAGUUUUCAUCUUAACCCUCAGUGAGUGUCAGGUAAUUCAGCUUGGUCCUCUCCUACAGAACAGGUUUAGCCUGGCAGAAAUGCCAGCAUCUCUGUGGAGAGGCUACCUUUUUGAUUGCACAACACUUUAGCUCUAUCCCUCCUUCCCUUUGCCAUAUGGGGGGAGCUGAAAGGGGUCCGAUGGUGGCCCAGGUCCCCACAGCCUCUGCUGAGCAGAAUACAAGAGUGCUGCCCCUGAAACUAGCAUGCAGGCCAGUUGUAGCCACCUGGUUUACUCGCAGCAGGAGGCUCCACUCAGCCACAGCUGUGCUUGUAAAUGAAACAGUAUGGGGGAAUAUUUCUUGGCACUGGACUCAAUCAUCUGUUCUGGGUUUGGGAAUGGCCCAGCUAACACUGCCCUGAGCAAUUUCUGUGCGUCAUUAGGGCGUUAACCAGGGGCCAGGACCGUUCCCAUAGACAGUUUGCAGCCACCUUGCCAUGGAGGCUAACAGAGAAAAGCAGUAAGGACACAGGUUGUUCCACACCGCUGACCUCAGUGCCAGGGAAUAGUCUCAACUGUAUUAUAUUUUCUCAUAUAGACUUGGUCAGUAAGGGCAUCAGAAGGAGGUGCUAUGUGACUAUAAAGCAGCCCCACAGUGAGUCAGACAGGAGGAGUCAUAGAUGGGAACAGAUCUUGCAAUUCAAAUGAAAAUCCUGUUCUUUAAAAUGAUGUGAUGAAGCAUGUUUCACAGCCUCCUCUGAAUUAGCUAAAACUAGAUGUGGCAAAGGAAUACAAUGCCUACGUUCGCAUGCCUCGGUGCCAAGAGGCAUCGCUCUACCCCUUACAAGUGCUUUAUUCAUCCUUGUUAGGGGCAGUGGGAUGAGUAGACUACUUGACAAUAGCCUCUGCACUUAUCUGACCUACUUCUCAAGAGAGGUUUUAAUAAGGGUUUUCCAGUAAUUUCACCCUGUCAUUUCACGUGGGCACAUUUUUUCCUGAUGUUCCGGGAAGCAUUGUCACACACACAAUCACCAGCACCUCCAGGAAAGGUAUAACAUGGGCAUUUAGCCAGAUAUGCCAGUUGAGGCAGGCUGGCCCAGGAUGCUGUUCAUUCCCAAACAUGUUUGUCAUAAGAGGGAUGAGAAAGCCUGCUGCAGAGUCCCUUGUGCUGCCCCAGCUAGUGAUCACUGCACACCCCUGCAUUGUGUCAUGUCGUGGCUCAGCUGCCUAGAACGCUCCCUCUUCUCCCCAGUUUUGGCUGGGGUGCAUGUGGUCCCUUCGAUAUGCCAGCACAAAUUUUUCCAAGUCAUAAAGCAGCUUUUCAGUGUGGGUCAACUAAGUUUGGAGAGAUACAGAGAAAGUCGAACAAAUGAGUCCCCUAUAAAUUCUGCAAAACUGGACUGAAAUAGUAGCUAAGUGAGUUUGAAGCAGAGGAAAGAUGGGCUCCCGUGUCUCACACGCAGGCGCACAGCCCGUCCACGGGCUGGUCGGCAGUGACUGCUGAAGCUCUGCAAGGAACACACGACUGCGAUGCCACUAAGGCCGAGGCUGAUUUAUUCUCACCCUGAGCAGUGGGCGCUGAAGUCCGUUAACUUCAACUACCCUCACAUGUCAUUGAAGAAACCACCGCUGGUUUCUGUGUUCAGACCAGACUGUUUUCCAGAUCCUCAAAUGAUGUAAAAACAAACGUUCAGCUGAGGAGCUGGUUCCAAGACUUCAGGAGAUCAUCUGGUGGUGGAUUCAAUGCUGAGCUUUAUCCUGUCAGCCUCAGCCUGAGGCGGAGAAGACCCUGGGCUGUGAGUGCCAUCACCAGGAUCAACAUUUCACCCUGUCUUAAGCAAAUUGAACAAAGGCAGAGACCAUUUGCAGUCCUGUAAAGAUAUGCCUGAUGCAUUUGAAAUGUGAGCUUCUGAAAGACUCUUGCAACCAAAACUUGAAUCCAGUAUCAUUUCUUCAGAACAUCUGUGUCUGAACGGAGCUAGUGUCUUUUUUCUCUUUCUUUGCAAUGGCUAAGUGCACUACCCUUAUAGUCUAUUUUUCAUCAUUGACUGGGCACUCUUCACAGUAUUGGGUUGUAAAUAUAAAGAAUUAUUUGUUUUGUAAACUUUUGUAAAAAACCCCACAAAAGUAAUAAUAUUUUGGUAGGAAUAAUAAAAAUCAUAUUAUUUGGGUUAUAUUUAUACAUAUGUGAAAUAAAUAUACUAUCAAAAAGUUGUAUUUUAUACAAAAAAGUCAGCGGUUACCUUUUGUAUUCUAUAUACAAAGUUUUGUAUGAUACUAUUGUUUAUUUUUAUCUGCAGACUUCAACUUUGGAUUUUGGGGAGGGCAGAAUGGGAUCGUGCUUAAAUAGCUGGGCCUGACCCCAAGCUCACUGAAACCAAUGGAGUCUUUCCAUUGCCUUCACAGGGCUUUGAAUCAAGCCUUUAAAUCACCUUCAGAUAUGUUUGGCAUCUGAAGUUCUCUGGAAACCUCAACAUGAAAACAUUCCAGGUUUCAAAUUUUUUCCCUGAAAAAGGCUUUUAUUAUUAUUAUUGUUAUUAUUAUUGUAACUCUUGGGAGGCAGGUGGGACCUAUGUAACUGUCAUGUCCUUGUUGCAUGUAUGUCUGCUUUAUAUUUUCCCCAUAUUAUAAACCAGUGUUUCUCUAUACAGACUGAAAAGAAAAGUUGCUGUACAGAAAUGUUUGUGUUUAUGCAUUUUUACAUGUGGCUGUAUAUACCUCCUAGUACUAUGCAGUGACACUUAUUUGACUCCAUUUAUUUUUCACCUAAACAUGAAUAGUAUGUUUUUCAGUAGCUAUCAAAACUCUGCCUAGUAAAUCAAUCAAAAUUA